UCCCAUACUCCUCCAUCACAGCUUGAUGUUGGCUGAAGUAAACAGAAGACCAUUGGCUGUCCAGAGUCCCUCAAGCGCUGUAAUGAAUAUGUAAACACUGCUUCCCAAGUUUCUUGGACUAACGGUGCCAUCGGACAGUAUUAUUCAUGUGUCUGGAGGGCUUAAUUUCAUUUAAUUAGCCAAGCUUUGAGAGGCUAAAGUGUCUCCAGAUCUCCAGCUGACCGGCAGCGGUUAAUUUGAAACGUAAAGUGUGGAUUGAUAGAGGCGUCUUUGAAACACUGAGAGCGGGAACAACCUUGUGUUUAAAUCAUCCGGCAACCGAGCUUGUCUGUGAGCGUGUAUAUGAGCGGAGAACAUUAGAGCGGAGUUGCAGUUUGCCGGCUUUCUUUGUGUUGCUUUUCUCCAAGCAUGCUUGAACCUCGCAGCGCAGGAGCAGUUUGAACAUCGCCAAGCCUUCCUCAACAUCCCAAAACUAUGGCCAGCGAUCACUGCUUAUAGAAGAGGAUUACUAAAACUCCUUACAACAUCCUUUUAACCUUUCUCUGUCCCCUUGAGCUGCAUUAAACCCGCGUUGUUCACCGCUUCCCUCUCAUUCACCGCGCCUGGAUUGUUGAAGGACAAGUAAGAGAAAAAUUGCGCCCUUUUCAUAGAGCAGCACUUCGCCGAGAGGAAACAUGGAUGUAUUUUAUCCGUCUGCCGGAGGGAAUUCUAUUCCUGGAGACCCACAAAACCUGGAUUUUUCCCAUUGCCUGGGAUACUACAACUACAACAAGUUUGGGAAUAACAACAACUACAUGAACAUGGCUGAUGCCAAUGGAGCUCUGUUAGCAGGAGAUAUAUUUCACAGCUCUGAAAUGAAAUGUGUUUCCAACUUAUGUUAUGAGAAGUCAACGUUUCAUACUCCAAGUCUUGGUGAUGAGGAGUUCGAAAUACCCCCCAUCACCCCUCCUCCUGAGACUGAGCCUGGUAUGGGCCUCCAGGAGGUGGACUCACCUUUCCCCGGGCUACCUGACCACCCCAACUCUCAGCGGGGGUCAUUCACCCCUCAGUUCCCACCCCAGAGCCUGGAGCUGCCCUCAAUCACCAUCUCCAGAAAUAUGAUGGAGCAGGAAGGACAAAUCAACAAUGGACAUCCAGGAGCUGUCGGUCAGACCCACCUCCGUCAGUACCCUCCAAACCCCACCAUGGUGAUGCGCUCCAUCAUUAGCAUGCAUAACCCCAAUGGCAUGAUGUCACAAAACCAGCUUACCACCAUCAACCAGUCCCAGAUCAACACACAGCUGGGGCUGAAUAUGACCGGAUCAAACAUUGCUCACACAUCCCCAUCCCCACCCGCCAGCAAAUCUGCCACACCCUCUCCCUCCAGCUCUAUUAAUGAAGAUGAUCAAGAAGAAGGAAACAGGGUGAUUGGUGAAAAGCGUCCCGCCCCUGACGCAGGCAAGAAGCCUAAGACGCCCAAGAAAAAGAAGAAGAAGGAUCCCAAUGAGCCCCAGAAGCCAGUGUCUGCAUACGCCCUGUUCUUCAGAGACACUCAGGCGGCCAUUAAAGGCCAGAACCCUAACGCCACGUUCGGAGAGGUGUCCAAGAUAGUAGCUUCAAUGUGGGAUGGAUUGGGAGAGGAGCAGAAACAGGUUUACAAAAGCAAAACAGAAGCAGCAAAGAAAGAGUACCUGAAAGCUCUCGCAGCGUACCGCGCUAGCCUUGUGUCAAAGGCUGCCGCAGAGUCAGCGGAGGCCCAGACGAUCCGCUCGGUGCAGCAGACUCUCGCCUCCACCAGCCUGUCGCCCGCGCUCGUGCUGCCUUCCCCUCUAUCCCAGCACCCCUCGAUGUCCGCCGCAGCACAGGCGCUCCAGCAGGCCCUGCCUCGAGCCAUCGCCCCAAAACCUCUGCAAAUGCGUGUCGGCAGCAGCCAGAUUGUCACCUCGGUCACGGUAGCUCAUCAGAACAUGACGGCCGGCGGCGUUCAGUCGCAGCUGCUGGGGCAGAUGGGAGCAGGCGGUCCGCAGUCGGGCGUGUCGUCGCAAUUGAGUCCACCAAUGCAGCCCCGGCACGCUUCCAUGCAGCAGCAGAUGCAACAGCAGCAGAUGCAGCAGCACUUGCAGCACCAUCAAAUGCAGCAGCAGCAAAUGCACCACCAGCAGAUUCAGCAGCAAAUGCAGCAGCAGCAUUUCCAGCAUCACCUGCAGCAGCAGCUUCAGCAGCACCAUAUGCAGCAGCAGCACCAACAGAUGCAGCAGCAGCAGCAGCAGCAGCAAAUGCAAAUGCAGCACAUGCAGCACAUGCAGCAGAUGCAGCAGCAUCAAAUGCAGCAGCAUCUCCCGCAGUCACAGUGUUCGCCUGUGCAGCACUCGCCCGGCACGCCGCACUCGGCUUCUCUCGGCAGCCCGCCGCCCCCUCCUGCAUCCCAGCCUCACCCCUCGCAGGUACAGGCUCACGCGCAGGUCCUGUCGCAAGUGAGCAUCUACUGAACCAAAAGCCCUCGGACCCGCAGUCGCGACCCUACCAGAAAGCCGGAAGGAAGUUGUUAUUGAAAAGCAUCGUUACAAGGUUGCUUUUUUAAGUUGCACUUAAGAAGUGUGUAAGAAAUAUGAAUGUUUUACAAAGAACUGUCCUUUGUUCUAGAUGGAUAUAAGAUAUGUGUUAAAAGGACGAAGCGUCUUAGCUGGAUUUUUUGUCUAUAAGAUAGGCUGAGCUACCGGGAGGUCUGUUGAUAGACUUGAGUGCCCAGUAGUCAUUUGUAUGUAUAUUUAGUUCAUUUGGUUUCUCUCUCUCUCUCUCUUUCUCUCUCUCUGUUGUGGAGUUUAAACUCUGUCGGAGCAUGAUGGCGUGGGAAGAACGUUCAGAGACGAUCACAGAAACACCUGACGGUUUUAUUUAACAGCUUUAUUUAUGAGGUUGGAUUGACUUUCACCACCAGACAAAAUAGAAGACCGAAUAUCUGUGGACGGGGAAUUUCUGAAGAAGGCACUGUUUCGCAAAAAAGAAAUGAACUGAACUGCUACUAAACUGGUCAUCAGAGACAUGCUGUAUGGCUCUUGCACUGUCUGGCCAGUGUAUCUUCAAGUCUGCCCUCUCUUCUUCCCUUUUCCAUCAUCCUUCUUGGCGUUCCCACGGAUGAAACUGUUUAACAGUCACUGUUGGGAAGCUCUCAAUCAAAUCAUCCUGCUUUUAGAACCAAGUGAUGUUUGACACAUCUCAUGCCGUGUUAUCAAACAGGACAUUUUCAAAAGAUGUAAAACACUCGGCAUUUUGCUGGACUAUUUGACAUGCUUCCAUAGAUCAUUUCAGUCAUCACGUCUCCAAACACCUUCUGUGACCUGCUGUGUGUGUUCUUAGGAAAGAGGAGAGAACGUUUUUGGAGUUCUUCUCCUCUGCCCAAAACCCUCAAAAGCGCAUUCACUUCAACAUAUGUAGUAACAGCACUCCAAAAAACUUCUUCUCUGUAAUUAUCUUUACCUCAGAAGUUUUAUUGAAUAAGUUAUGUUUCUGUUAUUUUCUUUUGUGUAAUGAAAACUUAUUUUAUGGGGGGGAAAGCUAAAUUACUGAAUUUAGGCUGUUGGUUUACUGAUUGGGGUAUGUUUAUUUCAUAAUACCCUACAUUUCACAACAAGGGAGUCUUAUCAGAUGUUUUUUUUUUUUUUACUAUCAUAGAAAGGACAUGGAAGUAUUUUGUGCCAGCUGUAAAAGAAUCGGUGGUAAGAUAAAAGAAAAUGAAGUUGUACAUUUUUCAUACCUCUUGUUGUAAAGUUUUAAUAUGUGAGGCUUUAAAUGCAGACGUUGGCAAGCUGACCUGUCACCUGCUUUAUCUCAUAGUGCUCUUUUCUACUUUUUUAUGAGUUACAGUAGCAGCAAAUCAUUUGUUUGUAUUAUUGCUUACAUUUCAAAAUUAAUUGCUUUUAAAAACCUGACAGUAAAAUAAAUACAGUUCAUGUCAGUUGGAAACUCCACCUGUUUUUAAACGUCAUAAAUGUCAUUUAUUAAGUUUUAUUUUUGCCAUCCAAAAAAAAAAAAAAACCUUCAUUAAAAAGAGGCAUUCCA